AAGUGGUUCUUGAUCGUUCGAGAUUUCUGUUGGCGGGACCCGGCCGCGUGAUCUGUACGAAUUAGUCACGAUCGGGCCCAAACGGAGAAAGGAUGCACUUGUCGAUGCUGGCAGACAGGAAUCGGUAACGGAACAAUGAGUGGUCGCUGUCGCAAUCGAAGGACGCAGGCGAGUGGAGUUUCCGACGGUAGUUGUGAUGUGGCGGUGAAAGUGAUGGAAAGUGCCUACCAGGAACUGCUACUGCUGGAUGCCGCGAGGGCGGCGGAUGGUUCACCCGAAACCGAAACGAGAACCGACGAUGGACACUGCCAGCGAUCGCAGGCGAAUGCCCGUGAACGAUUCCGGACGCACAGUACUUCUUUCAGUGUCAACUCGGCCUUCACCAACCUGCGACUGUUGAUCCCGACCGAGCCCAGGAAUCGAAAGCUGUCCAAAAUCGAAACCUUACGACUGGCCAAAAGCUACAUAUCGCAUUUGAUAGCAAUUCUGAUAACUGGGAACCUCCAACAGCCCUGUUUGCAGGCUCAAAUUGAUCAUCCUGUCGGUGAUCCGUUCAGCGAAUUCAUGAUCGAUGCAGGCACCCUCAGUGCCGGCGGUAGUGACAGCAGUCCAGGUGUCGAAGUAACCGAAAUGCAGAACGAUGAUUACAACGUGAUACAACGGGAAGGUUUCACCACACAGGGGAACCCGUCUACCAGAGCAACCAUUUGUACAUUUUGUGUUUCACCCAAAGGUGCCUCGAAGCUUAGAUCGAAUUCGUUGUAGAGCAGAAAACAGAAUUAUAUAUAAUAUGAAUAUAAGUAGUGUGUAAAAUUUGGAACAUGAACAGCUUGGUGAGCACUUGCAGAGAUUUCGCAAUGAAGCGUUCUGUAAUAUUAAGACGAACAGUCCACUAGGUGGCAGUAGUGAACCCCGUUUUUUCAACGUAUAGCAAAUUUAAAAUUUACAUCUGGUUUUGAAUAAUUUUGUUUCCGUUUAAGUAUCUCUUCUCUGUACAUUUCCUUUAAAUAAUAAAGUUUCA